AUGUGUCGGAAACCGCAUCUAUCCACCCAUCCAACCGAAGGGCUACAAGGUGGCAGAGCUUCGUUAACCCAUCGUCCCGUAUGUCCUUCCAAUCUAAAUCCUCAAGGAUAUCGUCAAUGUAACGGCCCGCUGCAGAAAGGUGAAGAAUAUGGGCAAUGGCAGAAUGGAGCGCCAACAAUCGCGGUAAGGGUGGCUCUACGGAUCCGUCCUCGGUUAGAUAGAAUGUGCGUUCGACGGGCAGACCCGGCAGAUGGAAGGGCUUGA